UCACAUGCUGAAGCUUGCCUUUUCUUUAUAUCAAGACAAAGAUAGAGAUAAAGAUGUGGGUGUGAAAUGGCUAGAUUAGUUCUCCUCUUUUUCUUACUAGUCAUCUUCUUCAUCAUCAGUUCCUGCUGUGCUGGGCCUUUAAAUGGCACAGAGCUUGUGAAAGAGGUCUGCAAUCACACAUCUGACUACAAUUUCUGUGUCCAGACUCUUUCUUCUGAUGCAAAUGCUGGUGCUUCCGAGGCCCUCGCAAAGGAGCUUGUAAAUGCUGCUUUACGGCUUGCGCAAAUCAAGGGCAGCAGCAGCCAAGACCUAAUAACCCACCAUCUGAACAACGCCUCUACAUCUGCUGCAGAGAAACAGCUUCUCCAGAGAUGUCUAGUUGACAACGGCAAGGUCAUUUCAGAGCUGUCGUUGGCUAACAACGACCUCAACUCUGAUAGCAUCCUGGAUAUGGUUGAGGAGAUGCAGGGUGCUGCUGCUGCCGCUGAGAAUUGCCAAUACAUCAUCAAAGACACGCGUUUUACAGCGUUAGAAGACAUGAAUAGGGUUCUAAUGAAACUCUGUGAAAUUGGCAUUGUCUCAACCAAAUAUUUCAGCGCAGCUGAUUUUUAUUGAGAUUUUGUGACUCAGUAUUGUUCUCUUGUAUUACUACUUUCCAUGGCUUAAUUUUCUUGUUCAACGUUGUCUUGUUAUCGUGUCUGUUUGCAAACUCUGUCAAGAAAAAAAUUUAGACAUU